UCCGGAAGAGUGUUUUACAUCAGCACCGAAUCGGGUUCGGUUUGUUUUCAUUCGUUUCACGUAAAGAAAACAGUUUGUACGUAUUCGGAAGCACAUUCAGUUGAAAACAUCUACACGAGAUCGAUGACUGCGUUAAAAAACGGAGUAGGCGCAUCCGCAGAUCAAAAGGCAAGAUUUUUCCUUGUAAUUAUGCGAUUGAAUUUAAAGUUCUUGCUGAUAAGUCUCUGCGUGACGGUUGCACUGAUAACGUUCGCAUUGUGGGCGAACUGUGGCGUUGGACAUGGGCUUGUACCGAAAUGGCCCCAGCAUCAUGGCGAUGGUGAUAAUCCGUUCGAACAGACGGAAGAAAUCGACUGCAUCAUCAACCAGGAGUAUGCAAUCGGGUGCCGGAAGGAGGGCGAGGAGGUGUACCUUCCGUUUUCCUUCCUGCAAAAGUACUUCGAUGUGUACGGUUCGCUAAACGUGGUGGACGGUAGUCGGCGGUUCGAUUGGACGCACAGCUACGGGAAGGUAAACUAUCCGAAGGGAGCGUAUGAUCCACGCGGUAUUUUCAUGUACUUCGAAAACUACAACGUGGAAAUGCGCGAUCGCGUCAAAUGCAUCAGUGCGAUCGAUGGUGUACCGAUAUCGACACAGUGGGAAAGCCAGGGCUACUUUUACGCCACCCAGAUCGCACAGUUCGGGCUAUCACAUUAUAGUAAAAAUUUGACUGAACCGGAACCGCGUCGCAAGACUGUGGAGGAUGGUGACCGCGAGAUGGCGACCUGGGUGGUACCGAAGGGUAGCUCGAUGAACCGUACGAUCGAUCGGUUUCGACCGGUAGCCGGUGCGGUGUUGAGCUUUUCCACCGGCAAAUCUUUCGACACGGCUGUGGUGCUGCCGAUGGAUCACGUGCUGGAUUUGGUGCUGAGUAUCGAUGUGUUGCUGAAGCCAAACUCCACGAUAUGUGUCACGCUGCAGAACCGGGAAACGCAGAAGCUGUACCACGUGUACUACAUACUGGCGGAUUUGCUGAUCGGUGUGCAGGAUGAGAACAUUUACUACGGCAUCGGGUUGAACAGUACCGGUGCGUGGAAGCAUCUGACGCGCGACUUGUUUGUCGAUCUGCAGAAAGGACUGCCACAGUACGCAAGCACGGACAAGCGGCGUAAGAUGCGCCGCACCGAGCUAAAGGUGGUCGAGAUAUCGCUGCUCGGUAACGGUAGUAUCGACAAUUUGACGCUUUCGACGAGUGAACAUAUAAGCCAUUUUUAUGACGCAGCCGAAUGGUUGAUCCGGCACCAAGAUCCGAGUACUGGUGGGUGGCCAAUACCGGUACGGCGAAAGCUAGGUUCUGGAUUUGGUGAGCUGGCACGCGGUUGGUACUCGGCAAUGGCCCAGGGACACGCGAUAUCACUCCUGGCGAGAGCAUAUUAUCAUUCUAGAGGAGAUAAGCGAUAUCUAAGAGCAGCACUGGACGGGUUGAAGCUGUUUCGGAUACCAUCGUAUCAGGGCGGCGUAUUGGCUACCUUCCUGGGCAAGUACGCAUGGUACGAGGAAUACCCAACGACACCACACUCGUUCGUGUUGAAUGGAUUUAUCUAUUCGUUGCUGGGUCUGUACGAUCUGAACUCAACCGCACCCGCCAAUCAAUCGAAUGAGGCUGCAGUUCUGUUCGAACAGGGUAUGGCUAGUUUGAAGAAAAUGUUGCUUCUGUACGACACAGGUUCUGGCACGAGUUACGAUCUACGACACUUUACGCUCGGUAUUGCACCGAAUCUAGCUCGCUGGGAUUACCAUGCAACGCACGUGAAUCAGUUGCUGCUGUUGGCCACAAUCGACCCGGACCCGCUGAUAUCGCAAACGGCGGAACGGUGGAAAAAUUAUAUGGUAGGCAAGCGGGCUCCGCACAACUAAGCGCAGCGGAACUUUCGUAUUGCACCACAAAACGGGCACUGGUUGCCCUGGUAGACCUGCAAUCUUCUCCACUUCCAUUUUAAAUGCCUUACACACCAGAAGAAAAUUAUCUCACUUCAUCUAUUAGUAGAAAGUUCCGUUGUUUGAAAGCGGAAAGCAAGUUGUGCUUAACUUUCUACCGUAGCAUCAUCAUCACUUCUCGCUCGCAGGAUGUAAUAAUCUGAACGAGUUUGAGUUUAUCCUGGGGAAAAUCGGUAUAGAUAACGCAAAAUAAAAAGACACAGCCGCAGGCCUGACAGGAAUAUAGGUUAUAAGCGGGAUAGUAAACAUAAACCUUCUCGACCAGGGCCACCUACUGACGGUAAGAUUCUGCGAGGCUUUCGUGAUAUGAUAUGGUACCUUUAGAGUGUAACGGAAAAUUGUACAUAUGAUUAGAGUUCUCUACUUCCCCAUAAAACAAAACUGUCCUGUCUAGAACGCGUAGCGUCUAUCGUAGAUCAGAAUCGCAUAUCCCGUACGGAACGGGUAUCCGUUUUGUAGAACCACGAAAACAUUUGUUAGAUGCUUUCACCAUUUUUGUACUAUCGAACCUAAACGCUCACGCGCUCACCUGCCAAUAAUAAUCAGCAAGUAGCGAGUAAGUUCUAUCACACAUAUACUACCUACAGGGAUGUGUGUAGGGUGCGGGAAUGAAAAUUAAAUGUAAAGAAGGUUGUAACAAGAAGGAAUUCAAUCCAAAUAUCACUCGUAGCAUAAGUAGACGGUAUCGUUUGUCCCCGUUAAAACGGAAGAAUGGGAAGGUUUUGCGUAAACAAACUCCCGCUCCUUGCCAUUGUUUUUUUUGUUUUGUUGCUUGCCCAUGGUUAGUGGAAGCACAAGGGCGUACUUAUUUUACAUAGUAUAGAAACAUAGAACUGCAAAAAAGUAUUUCCUACCAGCAUCAUCAUCAAUGGAAACACUUCUGCUUGGUUGUAAGAUUAAAGUGGACAAAAUACCAAUCGCUUUGGCAGAGAUCUGGACAGGACGCAGUUCAUGACACACCGUGCACAAGGAACGCAUUAACUGUCUAGCGUUUAACGGAAUAGUAGUAGAAGCAUACAUGUCACAAGAACUACCAAUCAAUAUUUAGAGAGCUUACACUGGAAACAGUAUUGAAUAAGUCAUUCUUACGACGGAUGUGUGAUGCUUAAGAGUUUCCUAACCAUGCACAAACAGAAUUUUGUACGAGCCUAAUUGCUUAACGAUAGGGUUUAUAAACAGCAUUAUGUUUGUUUCCAGUUGUAUAUUAGACUUUUGGUUAAGCUUUGAGUGCGAUUUCUGUAUGAUAGUUUGCUUUAAACUUUAUUUUACAUGUACCUUUUCGUUUGUCUCAGCUGUUUUUGAUUGUAUAGCGUUUGGUUUAAAUCUAAUAUGUUUAGUUUUUGCUAGCGUGAUAAGGAAUUAGUUUAUUUAUUGGUUAAAAAAUAAUGCUUUAAAGAAUGAAGAAACGAUGGCUCAAGUAUCAUCGAAUUAAUGUUAUUUAUGUUUUACUUCAGUGUGAAUCACGUUAGACCAUGUUAAUAAGAAGAGGGAUCGAUGGUAAAGAAUGAAAAGCAAAUUUACGUUUACAUACAACAAUAAUCCUGUACCUUUAAUUAUUUAGUUUGUUUUUUCAAACACUGCUGUGUGUAUGUGUGAGAUAAGUUAGAUAUUUUUGUUUCCCAUAAAGACAAACCAAGCCACUGAUGGUUUCUAACAUUUCGGUUCAGAUUCCUGUUGUAAACAGCUACUUCAUAGUGGUUAAUUUUCACACCGUUUGAAACAAAACGCUCAUAAGACUGCAUCCAGUUGCGGACGGUUGGAUUAUUGUGUGUGCGUAUUUGUCCGGCAGAAGCAAAGGUUCACAUGGUUAACUCCAGUUCCCCAGUGUAGUGUAGUGAUGCUGCAGAAAACCAGCAAGGGCGAACGAUAGUUUCUAACCAAAGCUAGACUGUCGGACCCAUUUGUGAAUUGUUUACCGGCAGAAACCGCAUGAUCCAUUCCUAGUAAUGCCGCUGUAAUGAUAACUUCCAGUUUGACUGCGAAACCAAUGGCGGUAAUGUAACAUAGAUAGCUAGUAUAAUAUCGGCACGUAGUGAUUAUCUGUACUGGGAUACCGGGAGAGGGGAAAGCCACUUAAACUCGUAAUAGUGUUUGGUAGAUGGCAAGUCCUGCCGAUCAUGGCAGCAUUGUAAUGGUAGUAGUAAACUAGUAAAUCAAUAAUAUCUCCACACCUGAGUAGAGAAAGGAAGUUGGCUGUUAGAACGUUUUGUAAGCGAAACGAAGAAAAAGAUGAGACGAAAAAAAAAACAUAAAAAACAAAACACUCUCGACAAUAACAUGAAGAUAGGUAAAACUGGCAUAGGUGCGCGUUGUGAUGUGCAAAACGGCGAACAAACGGCAACACAUUGUACCGUAACGGAGCGGCUAACGCCGGAUUAGUUUGGCUCGUCUUUUCAAUGAACGAAAUAAGUUCUUACGAGUUCCUUUUUUUUUGUGCACGAAAAGACAGUGAGGAAAUUAAAUCAGGUUAGACUGUUUCUUUGUUUGUAUUCGUUUUUGUAAUUAACAAAAGUAAGUUUUGUGUGCAAAAAGUGACCAAAAUCAAUCAACCGUUGCUCUGCACAGAGCCCGUAGUACUGUAGUAAUCUCUUUAACGCCUCAUAUCGCGUGUCUUGGGGAUGCGAUCGUUUUCAUACCAAGCCACAGUUUAAUCUGUACGAAGCUCCAGAAUGGCGAUAGUUAGUGAAAUUCCCCCAGACUCAAUAACGUUACUCUACAAAUAUUGUAGCACAUCACAUUAAACUCACUGUCGAACUUAAAAAAAUACUCUAUUCAGCAGCAAUUGCAAACAACUAAGAAACAAAAAACCACACAGUGUACAAAUGUUUGUAGUUAAUUAAAGAAGUCGUCCUUUAAAUGGCCCAUUAGCGGUGUAAAAGUGAAAGAUGUAUCGCAGGAAGAACGUUGACACUAGUACCAAACUUACAGGCAGACAACAUAUUCGAAUUAAUUGCGAAAGAUGUGGAAUUUGAGGACACAAUCUUGAUUUUGUGCAUGUAUCGAAGUGCGAAAGUUUCCUGGUAGUGGAAGACUUAGUUUUAAAUUAAUUCGUAGCAAGCAAAUGCCAUUAAGCACACAUCGAACCGAAAGUACGUACUUUAUUUACAAUUGGUAACAGCACAACUAAGUAUAUGCAAGAAUAUCAUCAAACACGAACAUAUAGCUAUUGCCGACUGAAGUAGAAUGAAAUGUAAUGGAACUGAAUAUUGUUUUUAGUUGAGUAAUGCAAAAUGCAGAUGUACUUGCCAAAUUAUGUUUAUUUCGCUAAUAGUCACUCUACUUCAUAUUUGCUUUAAACAGGAUUAAAUUGUAUCAUAUACGGCUACGGCAACAAGAGUUUCCACUACCGCGAGAGAAUUUUCUCCAAAUACCAAUUGGUAAAGCAAUUCUUGUUCUGGUUUAGCGCAACACUACAAAACAGUACGGUUAAUGUCAAUAAUAACUACCAUAUCAUAGGCAAACCAGUAAGGCAAAAUGGGAACGAAAUUCGUUCGUAACAUAGUUGGACACAUACAAAACACACGUAUAGUAUAUCUUUGCAAGAAUGCAUGUACAAUAUAGAACGAUGUGAGCGCAGUAGCAACACGAGCAUGUCACAUCGAUCCUCACGUUAUGUUGCACUCGGACAAAAUCUGACUACUGCAUCCGUAAUAAAAA